AUGGGCGAAGGCUGGCUAGAGUGGGCGCGCGGUCACGGUCAGCGAGUUAGCGCCUGGCCCCAGGCGACAGUGGGCGCGCAGGCCAAAGGUGCCAUGCAUCAGCGGCUGAUUUUGGGUUCCAAGUGGCUGCUGGGGGCCACUACAAGAUCACCUGUACUGCAGGUGCAGCUCAAUCGUCGCAGGGCGAAGGAGUCCACCGAGUACUCAACGGACUGGGUGCAGCAGCGGCAAAAUGUGCGGUAUCUACGUAAGUCUCCUCCUACCCAUCCAACUGAAUCCUGUGACAAGGCAAGGUCUGAAUUUUGA